GAUUGCCACUCGUCAAGCAUAUUUGUUUGGCUCGGGAGAAAAUUUCUAUUUUCAUUUUCUUUUUUCCUGUCAGCGGUCGGUCGAAAAUAUUGAAUUGUUGUGUAUGAAAAAAAGCGAGUGUAACAAAAAAUCCAAGCGGAUAAAGGAGGAAAAUUUAAAUAUUUGCAGAUGUUAGAAGUUGCCAUUUCCGCCUUGAUUCAUACAAAACCUUGUGUGUCCCCAAGCCAACCUAUUUCCUUCUCAAAUUGGAAACCCAGAAGCGAAAUAGCAUUCAGCAAGUCAUGGAAGAAGAUUAAUGCUACUUUUGCUUCCUCACCUUCUACUUCUACUUCUGGGCUUCAGAAUCAAACAUUUGGUGGGCAAGUCUCGCUCAAGAGCGUAGAUAAGAAUUCAGGCAAGAAGAGGGUCUUCUUCUUGGAUGUUAAUCCUCUGUGUUAUGUAGGAAGCACCCCCAGCUUACAUUCUUUUGGUCAUUGGGUUUCCUUGUUCUUCAGCCAAGUUAGCCUCAAUGAUCCUGUUAUUGCCGUUGUUGAUGGGGAAAGGGGGAGUGAGCACCGCAGACAGUUAUUACCUUCAUAUAAAGCGCAUAGGAGUAAAUUCUAUCGACAAUUUUCAAAGGGACAUGUUGGAAGGUCUUAUCAAGUCAUCACAGAUGUUCUCAGAAAAUGCAAUGUGCCAGUCAUAAAAAUAAAAGGCCAUGAAGCUGAUGAUGUUGUAGCUACGCUUGUGGGACAAGUUCUUCAAAGAGGACACAAAGUGGUGAUUGCCUCCCCCGAUAAAGAUUUUAAACAGUUGCUUUCAGAUGAUGUCCAAAUCGUUAUGCCUUUGAUCGAGUUAGAACGCUGGUCUUUUUACACCUUAAAGCACUACAUAGCUCAGUAUAAUUGUGAUCCAUGCUGUGAUCUAAGCCUUAGAUGCAUUUUGGGUGAUGAGGCUGACUGUGUUCCUGGGAUCCAACAUGUAGCUCCUGGAUUUGGUAGAAAGACUGCCAUAAAGCUCUUGAAAAAGCAUGGUACAUUGGAAAAUUUACUGACUGCAGCCUCGGUAAGAACCGUGGGCAAAGAUUAUGCACAAAAUGCACUUACAAAGCAUGCUGACUACCUGCGGAGGAAUUAUGAAGUCCUUUCCCUUAGGAGGGAUGUGGAUGUGCAACUUCAAGAGGAGUGGUUGAUUGAGAGAGACACGUGCAACGAUUCAGCAAUUUUGUCUAGCUUCUUCAAAUAUUUGGAAGAAACCCAGAAGCUCAGUCAUCAAAAUGGGCAUGCUCUAUCAAAUAGAUCAAGCCUAGUAUUCAAGAGGAGACAAUCUAGGUGAAGUUCUGCUGGACAAUGACAAGUGAAAUUAUAGGUUUUAUUUUUAAACCAAAUAAAGGUUUUGGGAGGAAAAGAUUAGAAUCCAUUUGGUUUAGCUCAUGAAAGUGGAGUUUUUAUCUGUAAAGUUUUCUAUGGUAAACUAUUUGAUUGUCAAUUAAAAAAGUACUAUGAAUAUUAAAUUGAGUGUUUCACAGUAUAGCUAUAGAAUUGCUUUCGACUUAAAAUUGCUGUAGACUUAAAUAUGUAUAAUAUUAAUUUUUAUUACACAUUCAAUAUUUUUUAUA